CAUUUCAUACCAGAACCAGCAAUCUUCGGCAAACAUUGGGUGCGACCGCUGCAAUUAGGCAAAUAUAUAMAUCUUUAUAGCAAGAGGUUUACCAAAUUACAAUGAACGACACACCAAACGGAAAUGUCGAGAAUGAUGAUGGCAAGCUACCCGAGUGGUUGGAAGCAGUAACUUUUGAAAAUGCCGCACGCAACCAUAUUGGAAAAGAUUUUAGCAAAAUUGUCAACGCUCGGUCUGAAAUUGACCCGAGUAGCAACGCCAACUAUUCAUCUUUGCUGAUGCGUCUCCAUCUGGAUGUUGAGCAUACAGAUGGCAGCUUAAAAACUGUUACUUUCGUCCUUAAAGUACCGCAUUGCAACGAAAUGAUGUCAAAAAUAAUAAAUCUGUUAAAACUGUUCCCGAAGGAGGAAAAAACGUACCACAGUAUUAUACCGAAAUUCGAAGCGCUUUACAAGCAAGCGGGCAGUGAAAUUAAAUUUGCUCCGAAUGCGUAUCAAGUCGAUCGCGACAUAGGUGUCGAUUAUAUUUUGCUAGAAGAUCUACGUCCAAGAGGUUAUAAAAAUGCCAAUCGAAUCAAAGGUUUAGACUUGGAACAUGCCAAGUGUGUGCUCCAGAAACUGGCUGCAUUCCAUGCUGCAUCCGCGUGCUACGUGGAGCACUUUGGAAUGUUUCCUGAGGAAUUCACUGUUGGAAUUUAUUCAAAGAAUAAUACAGAGCUACUGAAGCAAUUCAACUCGUCUAGUGCAUUCUUAACCCAAUUGAAAAAGUGGAAGAAUGGUCAAGCGUACUAUGAAAAGUUGGCUGACAGCGACAGCUACUUGGUGGAUCGCCUGCUGCAGAAUCAGACUUAUAAUCCAAGUGAAUUCAACGUACUCAACCACGGCGAUUGCUGGGUGAAUAACAUUUUAUUUAAGUAUAAUGCGUUCGGCAAAAUUACGGAUACUCGUUUUAUUGACUUUCAAGUGGGCAAAUACGGCUCGCCAGCUAAUGAUCUGUAUUACUUCAUAMUAUCCUCCACUGCCGCAGACAUCAAAAUAGUACAUUUCGAUUACUUGGUUCGUUACUAUUUCGAUAACCUGGUUGAGAAUUUAAAACUUCUUCAAUAUCACAGGCCUUUGCCGAAACUUCGUAAUCUCCACUCCGUGCUACUGAAACAUGGUCUAACAGCUUAUUUGGCGGUCUCUAAAAUAUUGCCCGUCGUGAUGUUGGAGAAAAGUGAUGAUGAAACCAAUAAAAAUGGGACGCAAAACGAGGAUAAACUUAAAUUUGCCAUGUAUACUAAUCCAAAAUAUGUUGAGUCUGUAUCAGAGCUUUUACCAUGGUUGGAUAAUCGUGGUUUGCUGGACUGGAAGGUCUAGCAACUUUUAAAUUCACCGAGCUUUACAUAGAUGGUAUCAUAUAUUUCUCUUGUACUUGUAUAUAUAAAGUGUAUUAAAACAACAAAGAGUGCUAAAAGUAAAUUCAGCUUGUCAUUAUGAAAACAA